UCGUCAACAAAAAAGACUUUUGAAAUAUGGUAUGCAAUACAAAUUUGUUUUAUGUCUGCCCCGUCAACUAUGUAAUAUGGACAGUAUAUGGUAUAAAAGAAGUACCUAUUCGUAACAGAUCUUUAUAACUAUUUUCUAUCAUUGAGCCUAAGCGGACACAUUCUUAAUAUUUGAAUGUGAAAAUAUCACAUUAAACACAUUUCACCAUGGCGCCUCAAAUCGUUCUAAUUACCGGUUGCUCAACAGGCAUCGGACUUGCCACUGCCACUCGUCUCGCUCUCGACAACGAUAAGCGAUACAUCGUCAUCGCAACGGUCAUUUCGAUGUCGGAAAGGGCGGAGCUGAUGAUUUCCGUGGGCGACGCCCUUGAUAAAACAGUUUUCAUCAAAGUUUUAGACGUAACGGAUGAUGAGAACAUAUCUUACGUGGUGGACAAUGUCAUUAAUACUCAUGGGCGGAUCGAUGUUUUGAUUAACAAUGCAGGGGUCAUAGCCGUCGGGAUUCCCGAGCAGAUCAGGCGGGAGAAGAUCGACAAUCUGUUCAGUGUGAACGUGAUCGGGAAUAUGAGACUUACGCAAGCUGUCCUGCCUCACAUGAAAGAGAGGAGAGCUGGGAAGAUUGUUUCGAUGUCAAGUGGUUUAGGAAGGCAAGGUCGACCAUAUUAUGAUUUUUAUUGUUCAACAAAGUUCGCAGUUGAAGGCUUUUACGAAUCCUUGGCUGCCGGCUUGAGGCCAUACAACAUUCGAGUCUGUCUAGUAGAGUUUGGUCGAGUUGGUACAGGACUGGAUGACAGAGUUUGUGCCAGCGUUGAUGCAUUGUUAGGCGACGACGAGAUCGAUGACUUGGACCGCAAGCAUCUAGGUCAUAUUCAACGGUCCAUCCGGAUAUCAAAGGCGACCGACGCUGAGAAGAUAGCCAAGGAGAUCCAGGACCGGUGCAUAGACAAGGAGAAGCCCGUACUUCGACAUUUCCUGAAGGAUGAGCAAGUGCGGCAAACCAUGAUAAAGGAUUUAAGUGAUACGACCGGAGAACGUUCCAUCGCAGGAAACCUAGAGCGUAUAGGAUAUUCAUCUUCUGACAUUCUUAUGUCAUUGCAUUGAUAAUUGUUAUAUUAUCACAAUAGAUAUCAAUAAAUAGAAUUAACUGGCUCCUACAUUCCAAAGGUUGUGCUCCGAGAUAGGGGCAAUCGCAGCCAAACUGAGUCAGACAAGUAAAGGAGAAAAAAUGGAAAGAACAGAGAUUGUUUAAAAGGAGACAAAACGUCAUGCAACUGCACAAUAAAUGCAUUUUAUAUUUUGAAAAUUUUCUUUAAGAUUAUAUGAUAUCAAAAUACGAGGGAAAUUAUAUAUUCAGUUUUUAUGUGGUCUGGAGUUAAGGGCCUGUUAACGAGAUUUGAAGAGGGGCUGCUGGAUUUGAAAACAAAUGUUAACAAGCCCAAAGGAAUAUUUCCACUACAAAAUGAGGUGAUAUUGGUAAAAAGAAAAACCUGACAAGCAAGAAAAGGGGGGCUCGCUCCAAAAUAAAGGUAAUUUGGGUCAAAUUUAUACCUUUUAGGCAUACCAAACUGGUGGGUGUUUCAUAAAGCUAUUCGUAAAUUAAAAUCGACUUUAAGAACGACUGAUGAAUCUUUCUUACAAGCCAGAUAAUCACCAAUGAACCUUGAAUGGUGAAUAUCAUUUACCACAAGAAGGAUCACCGGUCGUUCUUAAAGUCACUCCUAACACACGAAAAGCACUAUGAAACCAACCCCAGGUGACCAGGGGGUUCUGCCUAUGUUGUAUUCACAGCACCCCUCGAAUAAUCCUGAAUUGAUUCAUCCGCAGAUGUGGAGACUGAUGACGUCAUCCACUCACUAUUUCUUUAGCAUUUUAUUAUAUGAAAUAUUCUAAUUUUCUCCUC